CUAGUCUACACGCAAUAUUUUAAUAAAUAUGUGCCCUUAGAAAAAGGUAUUACGUGUUUCCGUUUUACUUGCCAUUAUUUCCGUUAACGGCUCGCGUUUAGGCGGAUCUGAUCAAUCGUCAAAAGUUGUUUACGGAAGAAGCGGGGACAAUGGCAUCAUUCAGGAUUCACGAAGAUCAAGAAAAUGCUUCUCUGGCGGCCAGAAAAGAAAACGCCGAUGUAUUUUCGGCAGCUCAGCGGCGCGCUCUCGGCGACCUCAGUCAUUUCGCCUGCAAUCAGAACCGGAAUAUCAAAUUGGCCGGAUUGACAAAUGGACCUUGUAAAGUCCAAGAUGAGACACGGACAGUGCGUCAAAUUAAAAAUGAAAAGAAUAUUGUGCCCCCUGUGGCGCAAUUUCGCGCCUUCAGCGUGUAUGAAGACAAACCAUCGGAGGUGGAAGUCAAGAAACGCGAGCCAACUUUCAAGCCCUUCGUUGCCAAAGAUACCAAAAAAGAGAGCUUCUUCAUUAGCGCUGCAGAAAACGUGCGCGCCCUCUGCGCUCAGGUUGAGAAGCAAUCGGAUCGGCCUACUGAAGCACCUCCAAAGAGACUGCCGUUGCAAGAGAAGAAAGAUGUGGUGGAAUCGCCCAUGUCCGUUGGGGAUGCAAGUAUCCUUUCAUCUAUGUCAAUCUCCAAGAAUGAGAGCAGCAUUCUUGAAAUUACUCUUGAAGAUGAUGAGGAAGAUGCAACCACUGCACAGACAGAUAGAGAGAUGUUCUUCCAUGUUGUGGAGUAUCGGCAGGAUAUUUAUGAAUACAUGAGGGAAAUUGAGGUAAAGCACAGAGCAAAACCAGGCUACAUGCGGAAACAACCAGACAUCACCUACGUGAUGCGUUCAGUGCUUGUAGACUGGCUUGUGGAAGUGUGUGAUGAAUACGGCCAGCAGAGCGAGACUCUACACCUUGCGGUUUCCUACGUCGAUCGGUUCCUCUCCUACAUGAGUGUGGUUCGCACGAAACUGCAACUCGUCGGUACCGCGGCCACUUAUAUUGCUGCGAAAUACGAGGAAGUGUACCCCCCGGAGGUGUCAGAGUUCGUAUACAUCACGGACGACACGUACACGAAGCGCGAGGUGCUGCGCAUGGAGCACCUCAUCCUGAAGGUGCUCUCCUUCGACCUCUCCACGCCCACGGCGCUCGCCUUCCUCUCGCACUACUGCAUCUCCAACCACCUGCCUAAGAAGACCUUCCAUUUGGCGGCCUACAUAGCGGAGCUAUCUCUGCUGGAGGCGGACCCGUACCUGCAGUACAAGCCGUCCGUGAUCGCGGCCGCGGCGCUGGCCACGGCGCGCCACUGCCUGCACUGCCGCCGCUGCGACAAGCCCGCCGACGACAACGAUACUAUUCACAGCGAGUGCCUGUCGGCGGCGUGGCCGGCGGCGCUGGCGGCGUGCGCGGGCUACGGCGCGGGCGAGCUGGCGCCGUGCCUGCGCGAGCUGGCGCGCACGCACCAGCACGCGCCGCGCCAGCCCUACCAGGCCAUCGUCGACAAGUACAAGACCAACAAAUACGACAGCGUGUCAUCGAUACCGGCGCGGCCGCUGUGCUACGUGGCGCCGUACGCGCCGCCCGCCGCCGCCGCCGCCGCCGCCUCGCGGGACAGCUCUCGCUCCAGCUAACCCGCCGGAGUCGCCCGCCCCCCUACCACUGGUCUACGUUUUAAUUGGAGCAAACUG